AUGCCUCGCUCCGACAGCAGCGACUCAGUGUCGCACCAGCGGCAUCAGCAGUCCAAGAGACGAGUCGUCGACGACGUGAGCGCGACGACGUCUAGCGACGACGAAUCCACCCGAUCUAGGAAGCGCAGCAGGCGCAACGGGAAGUCCAAGCCGUCCUCCAAGACCGCGACCGUCGUCGACGAUGGCGGUUCCGUCGCCCACCCCGCUACCUUUGCCACGCGCCGCAGCAGCCUGAGCAAGGCGGCCAGGGACCCUCUCGACGAGCCUCACGGCAGCAGCAGCAGCAGCGCCGUCAACGGAGAGAAGAAGAACGGCAAGGGAAAGGGAAAGGGUGGAUCGGGCGGUGUGGUGGUCAAGACUACCGCCGCCGCCGCUCCUUCUUCUUCGUUCACCUCUUCCGUCCCCGUCAUUGAUUUUGACGGUCUCAGCAGGCCAGGCCGCGGAACUAGACAACGCCGUCAGGAGACGGAGGAGCAGGCCAAGGAGCGUCUAGAGAAGAUGAGCGGCGCUGUACGCACCCUCCUCGAGUGCGCGGGAGAGGACGCAGACCGGGAGGGCCUCCUGGCCACGCCGGAGAGAUAUGCCAAGGCUCUCCUCUUCUUCACAAAGGGUUACCAGGAUAACAUCGAGGAUAUCGUCAACGGUGCCCUCUUUCACGAGGGUCACAAUGAGAUGGUCAUUGUCAAGGAUAUAGAGGUCAAUUCCCUAUGUGAACAUCAUCUCGUACCAUUUGCUGGAAAGGUCCAGGAGCGUCUGACAAAGGAGGUCGCCCACGCCAUCAUGGAGAUCCUCAAACCUCAGGGCGUGGCCGUCGUCAUGGAGGCAAAGCACCUCUGCAUGGCCAUGAGGGGCGUCGAGAAGACGACGGCCUCUACCAUCACCUCUUGCGUACUCGGCUGCUUCGAGCGCAAGUCCAAGACUCGCAAUGAGUUUCUGAGUCUCGUCGGUGUUAACCGGUAA